AUGGCUCAUGGAGGUGGCACUCAUACUUGCAAUGGUGGAGGUCCUCAAACACGAACUGUAACUGCUCAAGAAACUUCUGAAGACGAUCCCAUUUUAACAGACACCAAAAGAUUCUCUGUCUUGGAUAACACUCACAUUUCUCAAGAUGAAGCUCGCAACCUUUAUUUCCUCGCCCAUAGUGAUCAUCCUAAUGCCAGUCUUGUGCCCAAGAUUCAUAUUGGAGGCGAGAACUAUAGUUCUUGGAAGCGAUCAAUGAUGGUCUCUCUGCUUGCCAAGAACAAAGUCAAGUUCGUCAAUGGAAAGUUGCCUCAACCUGAUCCCGACGACAAUGAUUAUGAUGCUUGGUGUCAAUGCAAUAGCAUGGUCAUUUCUUGGAUUCUACAUGUGGUGUCUACUGAAAUAGCUGAUAGCAUAAUGUACCUUGAUGAUGAUGCUGCCAUCUGGUCUGAGUUACAUGAUCGAUUUCACCAAAACAAUGGCCCAAGAGUCUUUGAAGUGAAAAGUUCAAUGCAAGUUCUUACACAAGGUUGCAACAAUGUUCAGACAUACUUCACUCGACUUAAAGCACUUUGGGAUUUGGUCAAAGAAUUUCACCCACAACAUGUUUGUAGUUGUGGUGCAAUGAAAACAAUUGUUGAAUAUUAG